GGACUCUGGACAGAACUUGCGCCUGCGCACAGCGUAGUUUGUGUGCGUGUCAUGUUGAUGAAUGCUAAAACGGGGUAGUCAACAUGUCCACCGCUGCUGCUCAACGAAACAAUAACGAAGAGCCCGGGCUUCACGGCUCUUGGGUAGAGCUGGAGCUGAAUGGAAACACAGGGGCCCAGGGCGUGCAGACCAACCUGCCAACAACACCUGCUGCAGACCAAAUAAAUGCAAAUGCUGGCAUGAGUCAAACUCUGCAGACCUUGGAAGUGGUGCCUGAGAAUGAUGAAUCCCUGAUUGGAGGACUAGAGCAUGUGCCGUCGUCCUCCUCUAUCCACAAUGGAGACAUGGAAAAAAUCCUCCUGGAUGCACAGCACGAAUCCAGCCCGAGUAGCUCCUCCUGUGAUAGUCCUCACAGGCCACCAAGUCCAGAUCAGGAUGAGGGUCAGAUAACUUUCGAUGUGGAGAUGCCCAGCCCAAGAGGCAGUCAGUCAGAGGAAGAUGGUCCAGAGCAGGACAGAGAGGAAGACAUCCUGCUAAACAAAGAUGUAGACUGGGUCUCUGAUUGGUCCAGCAGACCAGAAAACAUUCCACCAAAGGAGUUCCACUUCAGACACCCCCGACGUUCAGUAUCUCUCAGUAUGAGGAAGAGUGGGGUCAUGAAGAAAGGUGGCAUCUUCUCUGCUGAAUUCCUCAAAGUCUUCAUCCCUUCCUUACUCAUCUCACACAUCCUCGCUCUUGGCCUCGGGGUGUACAUUGGGAAGAGAAUUGCCACAGCCUCCACCAGCUCCUACUGAAAGCAGUGCCUGGAUGUUCUCCUGUCUCAAAGUCUCUCAACCAUCCUCCUGUAGUCAAGCUGUGUCUCUGCAUCUAUUGUAUGCCCACAUUUCUCUUCCAAUCAGCAUAAAAUUCUGUCACAUUGUAGAUGUAGUUAUAGAGUUAUAUGACAUGACGUAAUGUGGCUGCACUCUAUCACAUUUUGACACAGGGCAACAUUGUACCCAGCAGUUGUCACUAACUUGAGUUCAGUGGACAAAAGACCCUGUUAGAGCUGGAAAAUAUUAGUCAUCCUGUUCAACUCAAAAAUAUGUGACAUGGAUUUGAUGUCAGGUGGCUUCAGGGUUUCUUUAUUUGUUUUGAUUUUAUGUCAUGAGAAAUCUGGCCUUCUCCCAAGCUACAUCUCUCCACUGGUGUCUCAGUAGGAGUGUAUAAACCAAAAAUAUGCGCCAUGUCUGCAAUACAAACAAACUGAAUUGGCUGUGGGAACAGAAAGGACUUCUAUCGCCUUAACUUUUUAGACUAAACAUUCAAGGUGCAGUUAUUUGGGGGAGGGGUGCGUCACAGUGGGAUUUGUUUUUAAAUUCCACACCUUUUUGAGAAAAGAAGUUGUAUCAUGCUGACUCCUGUGGGUUUCUUUUAAAGGCUUUGUUUUGAUGAAGGUGGGAAAGCUUAAACAUUGAUCUAGUAUGUAGCUCAAAUAUUUUACAGUGGGGUUGUUUGAGUGCGAGUGGAACCUAGGCUGCAUGGCAACUUACCAGGCCAUAUGCUAUUUUUAAUUCAUUUUGCCUACAUAUCUUUUUAACAUAACAUAGCAGCAUUGGUAAAGUGCCAAAUCUUUCACCACUGCACAUUGGUGAUUUAUCUUAGACUGUUUUUUUCUGAUAUGUUUAGGUAUUUAAAGAUGUAGAUGUGAAACAUAAUUUAAGCUGUGAUCUGCCCCAUGUACACCUUUUUACAUUGUCUAAUUUGUUUGUACAUUGAUAUUAGUGCAUAUAAUAUCAUUGUUAUUAUAUAGCAUUGUGGCAGUGUACGUAAUGUGUUUUUCCUGUCGUUUAUUGCCGAAGUGUCAGUGGCAGAAACCACCAGAGGAAGGUAUUUCCAGGGGCCUCAUUUAAGAGUUAUCUGACUUUUAUGUAGAUUACACUGUGCAAUCAUUUCACAUAAUAAGAUACAAUAAACAGUGUACAGUGUGUGUAGAACUUCCACAGAAAGUAAAGGAGCAUUUCCUGAAGAAAAUGCAUGUGCUAUCAGUAUAUUGAUGCUGAGUUAAUUAUUGGAUGAUUCUUCUGUCAGUAUUUAUAAAUGGAUGACAUUAUAGACUAUAAUGUGCAGUUUUGGAAGUAUUGAUUCAACAUUCAACAUGUAUUCAGGCUUUAAUGCAUUAUAUAACUCAUACUAACUUAUAAAUGACAUACCAUCAUACCAGGCUUAUGUACAGUUGAUCAAUGUGCAAUACAGCGUUUUGGAAUUUGAAUAAAGUUUGUACUGUA